ACCACAAAAAGCGUCUUCAUAAAGCAGAAAAGGAAAAAAGAAUGCAAGUUUCGUUAACAUUUCAAACAAUGGAGUUCUAUAUGAUCCGUAAAUCCCCCAAUAUAUACUCCCGACUCAUCGCACGUCGUUACUUUUCGAGCUCACUACAAUGGCUUCCGGUGAAAUUGUUCUUGCGGAGCCUAGUGGUGAAGGUACAAGUAGAAGAUCAUACAUUAAUACAAACCAGAAACCCUACACUAGAGCAAUCACUUACGGAGAAGAACGUGAUCAGGUUCCGGAGCCAUUCGAUAGUGAGAAGUUGCCUGUCACUUUGGCUCCGGAAAUACAAAAGUUUCUUCGAGUUGCUAAUUUGAUUCAUGUUGAAGAGCCUCGUGUUGCAUAUAUAUGCCGAUUUCAUGCUUUUGAAGUGGCUCAUAACUUGGAUCCGAGUUCAAGUGGUAGAGGAGUACGUCAGUUCAAAACUUCUCUUCUUCAGCGACUUGAACAGGAUGAAGUAUUUACUAUUGGAAGAAGGAAGGAAAGGACUGAUAUACGUGAACUUAAGCGCGUUUAUUGUGAGUACAAGGAGUUCAUCAACACUCAUGGAAGAGAAUAUAACCUCGUAAAUAGAGAGAAUUUAAACAAAGCACAUGCGGUUGUCUCCGUUUUAUUCCAAGUAUUGGCUACUGUAAGCAAAGCAGCUGGUUCAAAGGCCAUUGCUGAUAGGGACGACAUCAAUUCAAAAUCACCUUUUAAUGUGCCUUAUAACAUACUUCCACUUGAACAAGGGAGUAUUCAGCAAGCGAUUAUGCAAUUUCCUGAGAUUAAAGCUUCGGUUGCUGCUGUUCGAAAUGUUCGUGGUUUACCUUUCCUUGAAGAUUUUCAGAAACGUUUGCCAAACUUGGAUUUGUUUGAUUGGCUUCAAUUAUGCUUUGGUUUCCAGAGAGGAAAUGUGACCAAUCAAAAGGAACAUCUAGUAUUACUCCUCGCGAAUGCCCACAUCCGACGAUGUCCCAAGACAGCUAAUUUGUACAAGUUAGAAGAUGCAGCUCUAGAUGAAUUGAUGAAGAAAUUUUUUAAGAACUAUACAUAUUGGUGCAAGUUUUUGGGAAGAAGCCGCAACAUCAGAUUGCCAUUUAUAAAAGAGGACGCUCAACAAUAUAAAAUUCUAUAUAUAGGUCUUUAUCUUCUCAUAUGGGGAGAGGCUGCUAAUUUGCGUUUUAUGCCAGAGUGUCUAUGCUAUAUUUUUCACCAUAUGGUAUAUGAAUUGCACAGUAUGUUAAUUGGUGCUGUAGACAUGACCACGGGGCAAAAGGCUGUGCCAUCUUGUGGAGGAGAGCCAGAGGCUUUUCUUAACAAUGUUGUAUCUCCAAUAUACAAGGUCAUUCGUAAGGAGGCAAAGAAAAACAAUAAUGGAACAGCUGAUCAUUCAACAUGGAGGAAUUAUGAUGACCUGAAUGAGUAUUUCUGGUCUCCUGAUUGUUUCGGAAUAGGUUGGCCCAUGCAGUUGAACCACAACUUCUUCUGUGUUCCAUAUUCGUCGACUGAUGGGAAAAAACCCAAUUCUCAGGGUGCCAGCAAUACAGUCAGGGCGGAGAAUAGAGAAGGAAGCAAUGAUGAAGAAAUUGGGGGUGCCAGCAAUACGGUCAAGCAGGAGAAUAGAGAAGGAAGCAAUGAUGAAGAAAUUCAGGUUACUACUACUGGUGAGAAGCUGGAGCCUACAUGGUUGGGGAAGACAAAUUUUGUAGAGCAUCGGUCGUUCUGGCAGAUUUUCAGGAAUUUUGACAGAAUGUGGUGUUUCUUUAUCUUAGCACUCCAGGCUAUGAUUAUUUUGGCGUGUCAUGAAGUAGAAUCUCCAUUGCAAAUAUUUGACUCAGAAAUACUAGAGGAUGUUAUGAGCAUCUUCAUCACUUCUGCUGUCCUCAAGCUUAUACAAGCAAUUCUGGAUAUAGCAUUUACAUGGAGAGCAAGAACAAGUAUGGACUCGUCUCAGAAGCUAAAGCAUGUCAUGAAGGUGGUUAUUGCCAUUUUAUGGAAUAUCAUUCUUCCGGUGUACUAUUCUAGAUCGAGAGGGAAAUAUACUUGUUACUCAAAAUCAGGGAGCUGGUUUGAAGAAUGGUGUUAUUCUUCCUACAUGGUGGCCGUUUUAUUUUACUUGAUGACCAAUGGAGUGGAAAUGGUUCUGUUUUUUGUACCUGCAAUUGGCAGAUAUGUUGAAACUUCAAAUUGCCGAAUGUUCACUAUACUGUCUUGGUGGACACAACCUAAGUUGUACAUUGGACGUGGAAUGCAAGAAAGUCAUGUCUCUCUUGUGAAGUAUACAUUUUUUUGGGUGCUGCUAUUAUUGAGCAAACUUUCAUUCAGCUAUAAUUUUGAGAUAAAACCACUCAUCAAGCCAACACGGCAAAUUAUGACAAUUGGGGUCAAGAAUUAUGAUUGGCACGAGCUCUUCCCAAGAGUCAAGAGUAAUGCUGGGGCAAUUGUCGCUAUUUGGGCUCCCGUAAUUAUAGUUUAUUUUAUGGACACACAAAUUUGGUAUUCAGUUUUUUGUUCCAUAUAUGGUGGAGUAUAUGGAAUCUUACAUCAUCUUGGUGAAAUUCGGACACUGGGAAUGUUAAGAAGCAGAUUUCAGUCCUUGCCUCAUGCCUUCAACAAGCAUCUUAUCCCAUCUUCCACUAGUGGUGAAAAAGGUAAACUGAGAAAACACUUCUUUCAGAAACAGCUUGGAAAGGAAGAGGAAGUCGAAAGAAAUAAUAUUCAAGGUAUUGUUAAAUUCGUACUUGUUUGGAAUCAAAUAAUUGGUAGCUUUCGAGAGGAAGACUUCAUAAGCAACAGGGAGAUGGAUUUGAUGAGAAUGCCCAUGUCGUCAGAGCUAUUCUCUGGCCAGAUCAGAUGGCCUGUUUUCCUUCUAGCAAAUAAGUUCUCAAUUGCUAUAAACAUUGCAAGAGACUUUGUGGGGAAGGAUACGGUACUCUAUAAAAAAAUUGCAAAAGAUAGGAACAUGUUUAGUGCGGUGAAGGAGUCCUAUGAUUCUCUUAAAUAUGUCCUUGAAAAACUUUUGGUGGGUGAACUAGAAAUAAGUAUUAUUUUUGGCAUUUUUUUUGAACUUGAAGAGAGCAUUAAGACAUCGACACUUCUCGAAAAUUUCAACAUGAGAGAGCUUCCAACUUUACAAGCUAAAUGCAUUCAUUUAGUUAAACUCCUGCUUGAGGGAAAUAAAGAUCAUCAUGGCAAAGUUGUCAGAGUGCUUCAGGAUAUGUUUGAGGUUGUGGCAAAAGAUAUGAUGUUAAAGGGUUCCAGAACCCUUAAUGCAGUUAGCUCCAAUCAAAUACCAGAGGAAGCUGAAUUCUUCAGUAUCGACAUUGAACCACUAUUAUUUGCAUCGAGGGAUUCAAUUCAUUUUCCAUUAGCAAACGAGGACUCUUUGACUGAGCAGUUAAAGCGGUUCCUUUUAUUGCUCACUAUCAAAGAUGAAGCAAUGGACGUACCCUCAAACAUAGAUGCUCGAAGACGCAUGUCAUUCUUUGCUACCUCUCUUUUUAUGGAUAUUCCCCGUGCUCCUAAAGUGCGUAGCAUGUUAUCGUUCAGUAUUCUGACACCACAUUACAUGGAAGAAGUUAAAUUUUCAAACAAGGAACUCCAUUCAAGCCAAGGAGAAGAUGUUUCCAUCUGCUUCUACAUGAAGAAGAUAUAUCCAGAUGAGUGGAAGAACUUCUUGGAACGGUUUGGAAUAAACAAUUUGGAUUAUUCAAAUGAGGAAGAUGAAGAUCUUAGAAAUUGGGCUUCUUUCAGGGGCCAGACCCUUAGCAGAACAGUUCGAGGAAUGAUGUACUACAGGGAAGCCUUAAAGUUACAAGCUUUCCUGGACAUGGCUUCAGAUGAAGAUUUUUGCCGAGGUUAUGAUGGCCUUGAAAAGGGAAAUGAUGCUCUAUUGGCUCAACUAGAUGCUAUAGCAGACAUGAAAUUCUCUCACAUAGUUUCUUGCCAAAUUUAUGGAAAACAGAAGGCUUGUGGAGAUCCCCAAGCCCAGGACAUUCUUGAUUUAAUGAUAAGGUACCCGUCUUUGCGUAUUGCUUAUGUUGAGGAGAAGGAGGAAUUUAUUGCAUAUAAUAAAAGACCACGAAAGGUCUACUCAUCUGUUUUAGUUAAAGCUGUGAAUGGUCUCGACCAGGAAAUUUAUCGAAUAAAACUUCCUGGUUCACCAAACAUUGGAGAGGGGAAACCUGAAAAUCAGAAUCAUUCCAUUAUCUUCACACGUGGUGAAGCUCUCCAAGCAAUUGACAUGAACCAGGAUAACUAUAUGGAAGAGGCUUUCAAGAUUCGAAAUCUUUUACAAGAGUUCUUAAAGCCACGUGCUCCAACCAUCAUUGGUCUAAGAGAGCACAUUUUCACUGGAAGUGUGUCAUCUUUAGCAUGGUUUAUGUCAUAUCAGGAAGCCAGCUUCGCCACAAUUGGCCAGAGACUUCUGGCUAAUCCUCUUCGGGUCCGUUUUCAUUAUGGACAUCCAGAUUUAUUCGACCGAAUCUUCCACUUGACAAGAGGUGGUAUAAGCAAAGCCUCAAAGACAAUUAACUUGAGUGAGGAUGUUUAUGCAGGAUUUAAUUCUACUUUGAGAAGGGGAUGUAUUACAUUCCAGGAGUAUAUGCAAGUGGGCAAAGGUCGAGACGUGGGCUUAAAUCAGAUCUCGAAGUUCGAAGCCAAGGUGGCAAACGGUAACAGUGAACAAACUCUAAGUCGCGACAUUUACAGGUUGGGACGUCGGUUUGAUUUUUUCAGGAUGCUUUCAUGUUACUUCACAACCAUCGGGUUUUACUUCAAUAGCCUGUUAUCCGUAAUUGGAAUAUACGUAUUUCUUUACGGUCAGCUAUACCUUGUCCUGAGUGGAUUAGAGAAAGCCUUCCUUCUGGAGGCUAGAGUGAAGAACAUAAGAUCCCUAGAAACAGCAUUAGCUUCUCAGUCAUUUAUCCAGCUGGGACUCUUGACAGGUUUACCAAUGGUGGUGGAAAUUGGACUCGAAAGAGGAUUUCUGACAGCCAUUAAGGAUUUCGUUCUUAUGCAAUUCCAACUGGCUGCUGUUUUCUUCACAUUCUCACUCGGUACAAAAGCUCACUAUUACGGACGAACAAUUCUCCAUGGAGGAGCUAAGUACAGGCCAACCGGACGUAAGGUUGUGGUAUUUCACGCCAGCUUCACUGAGAACUACAGGUUAUAUUCAAGAAGCCACUUUGUGAAAGGAUUCGAACUGCUUCUCCUAUUAAUAGUUUACGACCUGUUUAGGAGAUCUUACCAGAACACAAUGGCAUAUGUUUUAGUUACUUAUGCGAUUUGGUUCACUUCGUUGACGUGGCUGUUUGCUCCUUUUCUUUUUAACCCGUCUGGUUUUGACUGGAGCAAGAUAGUUGAUGACUGGAAGGAUUGGAAUAAAUGGAUUAAACAGCAGGGAGGAAUCGGUAUUCAAGAGGAUAAGAGCUGGCAGUCUUGGUGGAAUGUCGAGCAAUCUCAUCUUCGUUACUGUGGAAUUGGUUCUCGGUUGAUUGAACUACUUCUGUCUUUACGCUUUUUCAUUUAUCAGUAUGGUUUGGUCUAUCAUCUCGAUAUUUCUGGGAAGAGCAAGAAUUUUGUAGUGUACGUCCUCUCCUGGAUAGUCAUCAUCGCGAUUUUCCUAUUGGUAAAGGUGGUCAAUAUAGGGAGAAAUAGGCUGAGCGCUAAUCAUCAGCUCGCAUUCAGGCUCUUCAAAGCGUUCAUAUUUAUAGGCGUAUUGACAACAAUAAUCACACUCUCGUUCAUCUGCAAACUGUCAAUGAAAGACCUGGUUGUCUGCUGUUUGGCAUUUUUGCCAACUGCUUGGGGCAUGAUAUUGGUAGCACAAGUUUUGAGACCAUGGAUAGAAGACACUGGAUUAUGGAAAUUUACCAGUGUUUUUGCAAGGGCUUAUGACUACGGAAUGGGGGUUGUUCUUUUUGCACCAGUGGCUUGCUUGGCAUGGCUUCCCACCGUUUCUGCCUUCCAGACUCGUUUUCUUUUCAACGAAGCUUUCAGCCGUAGGUUGCAGAUUCAGCCCAUUCUCGCCGGUAAAAAGAAGAAAUAAACUGCCUAG